GUUCAGCGCGGGAGAGCUGUGUGACCGUAAUUAUGACGGUUGGGUAGUAAGGGUGUCUGUUUUCGUGUGUGAGCUGGGACCUUCCCGGAGAGCUGCCAGUGUCUGGACAUGAGAAGCUGAGCCUAGAGUCAUGCUGCUUCCGUCCGAUAUAGCCCGGCUGGUGCUGGGCUACCUGCAGCAGGAGAAACUUACAUCAACCUGCCAAGCAUUCAUAGCAGAAAGCCCUAACUUGAAGGAAUAUGCGGAGCACUAUACAGAUGAAGGUUUUAUUCCAGGCUGUGUGCUGUCUCUAUUUGGAAAAAACCUGACCACUAUUUUAAAUGAAUACACAUCACUUAAAGCAAAAGAUUCUAAAGAUAAAUCUCGGGAAGACAUGCCUGCUAUGCUAUCUUCUCUGUGGAAGAAACUUGACCACACUCUUUCCCAAAUUAGGAAUAUGCAAGAAUCUGCAGUCUUUUAUCCACUUCAAAGAGCUCGCACAAGAAAUGGAAUAGAAAAAAUUAGAGAACAAAGAUUGGCUUUAUCACCUUUGGCUUCACCUGGGUCAAAUGCAUUACGUGUUGGACAACAAACCUCUACUCCAAUAACUUCAACACAAAUCGUAUUGCGACCACUUACAACUCAAACUAUCUCAAAGGUUGUAGCUAAUCCUUUGUUUCUCAGCCAGUCCUCAAUUCAAGGAAACAGCUCUCUUGACAGCAAUGGGGAUACAUUACAAAUUAUUUCACUUGGACCUCCUGAGAAAAAACUGCCUUCUGUACACUCCUCUCCCAUGAGACGAAAAAAUGACUCUCACAGGAGGCGGCGUGCAGCUGUGCCAAGCUCAAAUGCUGUAUCAUUAGAAGAUUCGGGGCAAGAGAAUGACUCUCUGCAAGAGCUCAUAGCUGAGAACUUCCCUCAAAUGGUGAUAGAAAAUGCUAGAGAGAAGAUUUUAAGCAACAAGAGUUUGCAAGAGAAAUUGGCAGAGAACAUUAAUAAAAUCCUUGGAAGUGAUUGUGCGGCCCAUACGUCCAAACCAACUGAUAGUGAGAAUGUUGAAGCUUCAAUCGAUGAAAUCCUUGGCCUUCAGGGAGGCGAGAUGCACAUGUCAGAAGACGCUAUCCAUGAAAUCCUGGAGCAGACCGAGCUGGACCCAGAUUUCCAGGAGCUUUAUGAUCUUUUUGCUUUUGGACCUUCCAAGGCUGUAAAAAAUGCCCCUCAUGAUCCUACACCUCAUACUGAGCGGAGUUCGAAAAGCAACCUAAGCAAUGAAAACCUUAACAUUGACAAACCAAUGGAAGCAAAUGUAAACUCCGCAUCUGACUGUAGCCCAGCUGAUGUGCAUAUGGAGGGAGAGAAUCCAGAGUCAUCUGUUAAGUGCAUCGCCCCCAGUGCCAGCUCACAAGUAAACUCCGCAUCUGACAUUAACCCAGCUGAUGUGCAUAUAAAGGAGAAAGAGAAUCCAGAGUCAUCUGUUAAGUGCAUCUCCCCCAGUGCCAGCUCACAAGUAAACUCAGCAUCUGACAUUAACCCAGCUGAUGUGCAUAUGAAGGAAAAAGAGAAUCCAGAGUCAUCUAUUAAGUGCAUCUCCCCCAGUGCCAGCUCACAAGUAAACUCGGCAUCUGACAUUAACCCAGCGGAUGUGCAUAUGAAGGAAAAAGAGAAUCCAGAUUCAUCAAAGUGCAUCUCCCCCAGUGCCAGCUCACAAAAGACCACUUCUGUGUCGAAAACUUGUGAAAGUGAAAAAACAUUGGCAAUGGAUCAGAGCUUAAUUACUGAAAAUGACCAAAUUACUGUAGAUUCCAACAGCAAUAUGGAUAUAAUAGAAAAUGAAGAAAUAGUGAAGUCCAAGGAUUCUCACACUGCUUUACCGCAACAAGCUGCUUCACAAUCCCAGGACAACGAAAUGACCAAUAUGUCUAAUACUCAUGGAAAUGAAACAGAGAUGUCUUUAGAUGAGAAUACUUCAGCCACUACUAAUGACCAAAUUAUUCAAACAACCAAAUUAAAUGAAAAGACCUGUAUGGAAUCAUCACAAACACACACAAGCCAGAUGGCAGCUGAAGAAGAGGGUCUUCAAGCGACUCCGGAGGAGGCAGAUGUGACUGGCAAAGCCACAAAGCAGUGCAGGAAGGAAGAUGAGGAGGUUACUGAUUUAGAUUCUGCUGAAGUUCCACUAUUUAAAAGUAGAAGUCUUGAAGAGGAUGACACACCAGAAGAAUUAAUCACAAUAUCAAAUGAUGACGAUUUUAUUCAUGAAACACCAGUUAAAGACUUAAUUGUGGAUAAUUCCAGUACUUCUAGCGACAAAGAGCUGAAAGAAAAAGAGAAAAUGUUUGAUAACCCAGAAAAUCAAAAUAAUACACUUUUGAAGAACAAUACAGAAACUGUAACUAUUAUUCCUUCUGAACACCAUUUACCAUCUGUGUCUGCAGGAAAUGAGUCUGCAAAUGUGGUUGUGGAUUCUCUACCCAGCAGCAGUAUAGCAGGGUCAGUCUCCUGCAGCCAAACUACAGAUACAUCAAAUAUAGUGACACUAAACAUCAUCUCUGAAGAUGUGACAAGUGUUACAGAGUUAAGUAAUGCAGUUAAAGGUAUAUGUGGAGAAAAUAUUCCAGUUUUGAUAUUGUCAUCUCCAACCAAACCUCAAGAUGGCAAUUAUAUAGACCUAACACAGACCUGUUUUGUGGAAGAGACCGUUGAUUCUUCCGUUUCAGGGAACCAAAGCUAUACAGUGUCUCAGUCACAGGAAGCCUCAACUAAUGCAGUUAAUAUCCUUGCAGAAGACUGUACUGUGUUCUCUGUUGCUGGCACUUCAAACCUCUCCAGUGAUGGAGGACUCGUACAGAUAGUCCCAGCUACAAGCUCUACCUUUGCACCUACUAACAGCAUUUUUAUAAGUUCAUGUAUGACAAAUAACAGUACUGGAAACCAGUCUAAUAUAAUUAUGUUACCAAAAACGUCAGCUACUGCUACCCCAAAGCAGCCAUGUAUUUUCCAGACCCCUCCGAGGCAAAGCAGCUUGUACGGCCGGGCUAUUUCUCCAAAGAUAACACCAGGCUCUACUAUAAUACUCACCUCUUCAGGCCAGCCUGUGCUGCAAGGAAUGAUGGGUAUGUUCCCUGUAUCAGUUAUCGGGCAAAGUGGCAACACAUUCGCUGCACCCUCUCAUCAGGUUUUGCAUGUUCCUGUUUCCAGAGGGAUUGCUCCUAAAAUACCGCUACCUCCAAGGCCUCCAAAACCUACCGCAUCAAGACGUUGCGCAAACAUGGGCAAGCAGUUAACAGUCCCUGCAGCUGAUUCUACAAACCGGCCAUCAAGUAUCACUGUUAAAAGAGUGGAAAAUACUGAAAAACCUGUUGCCUUAGAUUUGCAAGAGAAGUUGCCAGUGGAUACCGUAAGUUCAAGUGUUAAAACAGCAGAAAGCCACAAGAGGGUACUGUGUUUUGAUAACUCUGUGACAACAAGUGUUACAUCAAAUACCCCUGCAGUAUGUAACGCCACCACUGUCCAAACAAGGGACCAAAAAGAGCAUGGGAUUAGUUCAAGUUCCUCAGUUAAUAUCAGUUCUACCAUAAGAUCUGUGCUCCCUAAGGACAAUAGAAAAUCAGAAAAGAGUUAUCCUGCCACAGUGACCAGCUCUAGGCCAGAUAUUGUUGGUAUCUCAUGUUUAGUACCUUCAACUGAGAAACGAUCUCAAGCUUCAGAGUCACCUGCUGUUGCCAUUAGAGGGACCAUGGCCAACAAAGAGAAUGUUUUGCAGAAAGAAUCGGAAGAGCUUUCAGAUUUGCACAAAAAGACUGCUAAUCAAGGGGAUGUUACCACACUCAUUGAAAUAACAGUGCAGCCAGUACAGGAAACUGUUAGAAAUCAGUCAAGUCUGCCUAACAUUCUUAGAAGAACUCCACAAGACCCAAAGAAACUUCCACCAGGAAGAGCAUAUCGAACAAGCCCUUUAACUAAACAGGCAAGUGACAUUUUAUCCAGUAUGCAGUUUCACAGUCCAAAUGCAAAAAGCACUUCUGAGGGUGAUAUCCCAAUACCCCGUACUCCAGGCUCUGCAAUUGAGGAUCUUCUGGCAGAGGGAACAUCUGACCAUGUAAGGCGUUAUAGUGAAGAUGGAGGUACUCCCAAGCCCAUGCUUCCUCCAAUGACUCCUGAGUUACCAGCAUGUAGUCCUGCAAGUGAAGCUGGUAGUGAGAAUAGUGUUAACAUGGCUGCUCACACGCUUAUGAUCUUAUCUCGAGCAUCUAUGGUAAAGACUGGCAGCAGCACUCCACUGAAGGACAAUAGUCAGCAAUUAAAAUCUUCACGGAAAAGAAAGAUUGAGGAGUCUGGUGAUCAAGAUAAGCAGUCACAUAAAGCAGAUUUGUAUAAUCCUUCCGCCAUGCUGAAAAAGAAGAAAAUGAAGAAAAGUCGGAAGAAAAGCCUGGAUUCUUUUCCAUCUGGGAUGGAUGUGGACAAAUUCUUAAUGUCUCUCAAUUACGAUGAAUAGCUGGGGAAACAGUUUGUUAAACAAAAUGAAGAUAAAGUGAAAUUGAUACUUUAAAUGCACCUUUUACAUUAUAGCAGUAAUUAUGCUAUAAACCUGUAUAUAUCUAUAAAUAUAUAUAUAUAUAUAUCUGCGUUGUGAAUGUAGACAUAUGUAAUUUUUUGUAUUAUAUUUUAUGCACUUAUGUUGCGGAGUUAACUUGUUUCAAAGCCAAGGUUAAUCUUUUGACAGCUGUAAAUAUUCUAUCAACAAUGUUGGAAAGUUGUAAAUCCAUUUAAAGACUGCACAAAUGUUAAAACUUGAAAGUACUCUGCGGUACUUUUGUGUAAUAAAACAUAAGGCCUUUUGGAUGACCAGACAA